UGCGGCCAGUGCGGCCAGUGAGAAAGAGCCAUCAAUCACAUCUUUUGAAUGUUCAUCCCGUCUCGUGUUUCUGACUUCUUUCCUUCUUUUUUUCUCAUUUUACAAUCUCUCUUCGUUGUGUAGGUACUGUAUCUCCAGCCCGGUGAUACUCUCUUUCGUGUACAUACCUUACCUCUACACCACAACAACAAGACACAAGACUCUACAAGGAAUGAAGCAGCAUUUGCGUCUCUAAAUCAAUCAAUGUCCAACACCUUCGUCCUUUCUUUCUGGUGACACUUUUCUCUCCAGCAGCCCAAUAUCCUCCCGGCUCGGCUGCCGUGAUUACGUUCCAGCCAUACACAGAGUGCCGUUUGCGCAAUGGCAACCAUCACCGUCGACGAGGGCAGACGCUCCUCCAUCGAGAAGCCCGCUAUUACGACGCCCGAUCACCUUCACUCUUCAGAACCAACAGCAUUUGAACGAUUACCGGACGAGAUAAUCCAGCAGAUCCUUCAAGCUGUCGAUGCGAAUGGCUUCGCUUCGCUGGUGCUGCUCAACUCGAAAUGGAGAAGCGUCGCUCAGCAGGCCCACCUAUACGCCUACCACUUAUCCAAUUGUCCAUCCUACGCCCUAAGCCAUCACAAUGCCUCGCCUCCAACCGUUAGCGAAGAUGAUCUCCCCAGACUUAAAAGACUAUUCGCAAAGGAGGUCAAACGGAAUCUGUUCGAGGCAUACUUACGACCAAGGAAGACCAUCAUCAAGCUCAUAUCCAACUCGAUCAGCUCUUCAUCUGCGCCAGGUGGAGAUGGCAUCCAGUUCAGCCCGUCGCCAAAGGGUCACCACCUUCUAGCCUACAACUCCUCCCGGAUACAUGUUCUUGAUGUUAGGCAACGGGACAUUGCCGUUACAAGAGAGUUCAAGAUCUUGCGCCGUCCUGCCGCCACAUGUAUCAACGAUAAGGGAACCGUGCUAGCAGUUCUGCUGACCGAGAUGCAAAUCGACAUCUACGACCUCAAGUCAACACCUCCGAGACGAACCCAGUCACUGAUCCUGGAUAACAGCCCUCGUGCGAUUACGCUUUCGCCAUGUGGCGGAGUUCUGGCAGCGGCUUAUGAGGGUGGCAUCGAAGUCUCUUCUCUCAAUCCCAACGCGACGUCAACCGAGCGAAGAGCAGUCAAAUGUGAAGCUGUUGAUUCAUUGACCUUUUCGUUUGACGGGACACAGAUCUUGGGUACUACGGUUCAUGCGCCACAGCCCAACACCGUAAUUCUGACCGCCCCCUACUACGACCCGGGUAGUUGUUCGGUGGAGGACGACAUCAGUGCAUUAUGGACCACCUCGAUUCUCUUCCCCAACACGAGUCGCGAUUGCAGCCAUGCGGUCUUGAUCCAGAAUGGGAAAUACGAGGAGGCAGGGUGGACAUUUACGUACGACCGCAGUUACGAGAUCUUCAGGGCUGUGCGGAUCGAUGACCUACGAAACGGCACAACAUACUUCACCGGGCCAAUACCGAACCCUACCUCGCAACCGAAACUAGUACCAUGUACUCUGCCCGCAGCCUCUUACCAUGGAGAGCUCGUGUCGGCUGGUUUUCAAGGCAAGGACGUUUGGAUCUACGGUAUUCCCGAGGAUCUGGAUGCGACACCCGAAACGACCAGCACAGGCAAUGAAGGUACUUCAAACUCAAGUGCCCUGAACCGUCGCAACAGUCAACCGCCACCCCGAAAUGGCUCACGCACGCAGGAUAACGAUCCAUCCAGAGUCCCUCAAUGGCAAGCGCUCGACAAGUUGCGCAACAAGCUUAUCGCAGGACGCAAAAUCGGCCAUCUUGAAGGGGUACAUAUGGUGAAGUGGGUUGGAGACUUCGAGGAUUCAUCGGUGAAGGAACGCAUGAUCAUCGGUGCUCGAGGAAUAACACCCACCAAGCCCAUCACGGAGGAUGAUGGCUUUGACUUUGUGGACGGUGGUCGGAUCACAGUGAUCGACUUCGACUACGGUUUCGAGAACGGCUCGACUGUCGAGAUUGAUAUCGAUGUGGGAUCCAAAGAACCUGAGGUAUUAGAAGAGGAACACCGAGAUAUGGAAGCCGAAGUCGCUAUCGUACGCCGGAGAACGGUUAUGCAAAAGAGGGGGAGUCGUGGCGGCUUGAUGCGGGCUGCUACCAGCGCAGGAGCCGUUCCUCCUGUCCCAGCCCUUCCUUCUGUUUCGUCACUUCCCAGUCAGCCUUCAGUGUCAGUUCAGGAGGAUGACGACCCUCUCGUACCUCGUCGUGUCGGAGCACUUCCUAUUCCCCGAAUCGAAGCACCUACGAUAACUGAGGAUACUGAAGAAUUUGCGUCGAUCGAGGAGCAAGAGGCUUUGGAGUCACCCUACGCCCAUGCCAGCCCCCGAUCAGCUCCUACACUCAGGCGUGCCGCCACUGCUGCUGCUGCAAAUCGCCGCUUACACCCUCAAGCUGCUGCUGCUGGUCCUGUUGAGUAUCGUCGUGCUGAUGGCCGAGCCGAACAUCCACACGAGAGUGACGCAGACAAUUGGGUUCCUCCUCCACCUCCGUACCAAAAGGAGGAUCCUGGUGACUUACCGGCUUUCCUGCGCCAUGCCAUUCCACCCGUUACCCCAACCACCGUCACGUCGGCUCAAACAGACGAUUACCUAGACGAAAUGCGCAGGCCGAAAUCCAUGUUGGAGCCACCUCGAAGUCAUACAUCGAUACAAGUUCCACGGACCGGAUCCUCUAUCCCUCCUGUACCGUCGCUCUCUACCAUUCCGCGGGUCCCUCCACUACCACAGCAAUCCUCGUCGUCUUCGAUACAGUAUCAGAAUAGCGGCAGCUCCACACACUCGACAUACCAAGAGCCUCAACGGCCGCCUUCCAGCAACUCCCGCUAUAUGGGGGAUGAGAACAUAUACGACGUCUCUCCGCCCGACUCACCCAAGAUGGCAGCGGAAAACCCAUCUACUGGCGGAAGCCAGGCCCGUAGCGUGAGCGACAGCCGAACAGUGAGCUCUCCUCAGGUGAACUUUGUGGCACCAGCCUCGGCGUCAUCUUCUGGGCAACAGCCACAUCCACCAUUACCUCCGUUACAGACAAAUAUUCUGCCUCCACAGCAGUCAGGAUUCCCAUUUGCUCUAGACCUCCAUAUCCCGUCACCACAUAUCGGUAGUAUCAUGCCUGACGGACAAGCGUCAAGCAGUCCGGUAGUUAGGCGGCUUUCCAACGCCGGGACAUGGCCCUUGGUUUCAACCCAGCCAAUUGUUCCAACCACAGCACCGACAGACUUUCCACACUCGGCACCUCCUCUAGAGAACAGUGAAUACUACCUGCCGGCUCCAAGCCAGGACCAAUUAAGACGUCUGAAUAGUCGUUCGGGGGCUCCCCGGCGUCUAUCCGGAGGCUUCCGCCCCCCACCCGACUUUCUCGAUAACAACGACUUCAACAACCGCUCUGCAUAUUCCCAGCCGGCAUCCCGCCGGCCGUCAGCAGUCGAAGACAUGCCCCUAAUAGUCAGCACACCACAAGGUGUCUCAGGAGCUUUCGACCCGCCCAGUCGACACGCUUCCGGUCGUCGGGGCGACCCUCCCCUUCUGGCUCCCGUCCCACGCCAUCCGCGCCCGCAGACGCAAUCAGCCGUCCUCGGAAACCGCCCAACCGUCGAGCGACUCGAGACCAUUUACAGCGUUGCGAGCAACGGCGCCAACUCCAACGCUGCUGGCGGCCUCGGCCUCGCUGUCCCUACGAAAACCAGAUCCCUUUCAACCUCUACGAACGGCGCCACUCGCACAACCAGUCUUAACAGACGACAGAGCCGAGCAGAGAGGAGCGCUGCUAAGAACAUUGCCGAUGCCAAGAAGAAGGGGUGGAUGGGCGGUCGGGGCAGGACCAAGAGCGUCAAAGAGAAGAAGGAGAAGAAGGCAAAAGGGAAAAAGCAGAAGAAUGGGGACCAUUUGGAUGACGACGCGAAGAGUACGUGGACGGAUAUCACGACGCAUAGCUUUUUGCCAGGUGGUAUGAGGUUUGAGAGUAGUGAGCAGGCUGCGCAGGCGGCGAGGGAGAGAGCAGAGAGGGCGGAGGCCGGGGAGAGUAAGAGAGGGAAGAAUAAGGGGAAGGGCAAAGGGAAGGAGAAGGAGGAGAGGGGGGAUAAGGGGGAUAAGAAGUGUGUUGUUAUGUGAUGGAUGAUGAUAUGAUGGGAAGGUUGGAUAUUUGGAUUGGAUUGGGUUGGAAAUAGGGUUCAUGUUGAAUAUGGAUCUGGGCGUUUUACAUAUAAAGGGUUAAUGGAGCAGUCAAGUGGCGGUUCGUUAAUACUUGGAUUGUCGUGUAUCGCUGGUGAACAGAACAGCGAGUCGAGAAGUAUAAGAAAAUUGACAUAUUUGUUGAUAAACAAAC